AUGCAAUGAAUAUACAAACAGUUCGUGCAACUGGAAAAUCACCAUACUCUCUUGUGUUCGGGCAGGAUCCACUUAAGAACUUUUCAAUACUUGAAGAUUUAUAUCAAAAGAAUGUUGUAGAUGAGGAGAACCUACCUGAUGAUUUUUUUGAAGAAUCAGAUGAUAAUGAUUUAUUGUUGGAUCAAUCAGAAUCAUUAGAUCAAUCUAAAUUACCAACAGUCUUGAAUCGAGAAUUUUCAACACUGAAUCAAUUUGAAUCCUCAACAUUGAAUCAAGUUAAAUCCUUAACAUUGAAUCAAUUUGAGUCCUCAACACCAAAUCAAUUUGAAUCCUCAACACCGAAUGAUAAU